AUGCAUCUCCUGCGUCACGCCUUGCAGGACAUGACUGCCAUUGCCUGCCUAUUUCUCCUGCGGCCAGUAAGGUCGGGCUGGUGGCGCGAGCUCGUGUGCAGCAAUUUGUUUUGGGCUGACAAGGAUCGCGAAUCAGAAACAGCACAGUGGCUCCGGGUGAAAGGUCGAUGCCGUUCGGGCCUCAUUAUUGGCCAUCAACGCUACUCCAAGGUGAAGAGGGAGGACAAGGCCCAAGGACUUCCGAUUCGGCUCCAGCUGGUCGGCAACCGCCCGGCACUCACCGAGGCAGCAGGAGCACAGAAGAAACCAAGAGGCGGCGGCGGCGGGGGCGGUGGUGGUGGUGGUGGUGGUGGUGGUGGCAUGAUUACCUGCAGCAGCAGCAGCAGCAACGGCAUCGACGGCGGCGUCAACGAAACGGCAGUACAGAUGAUGGACUACCUCUAUGAUUUUUGGUAUGGGAUGAUCCUCCGGCGGCCUGGAAGCUCCACUUUGGCGGUGGACAGCGGUGGACAGCUUUGGGUGUAUCUGGGGCGCCAGAGAGGGCAGGCAGAGAGGCAGUUGCGUUCUCGUUGCGUUGCUCUGGAGAAGGCUCCUUCGUUCGACCGCUCCAGAAUUCGACGCAAGGGCAAAUCAGACGCGGUGCCUGUCGUUUUCCUUGGGACCGUCCCCUGGGGCCUGUCUGGGACCGCUAGCCGGAAAGCUCGUACCGGUACCUCAAUGCUAGCUGAGGUUUGCGUGCUCCAUCGAGCUUGCGCACAUGGCGGCGGGGUUACGGCGCUGCGCCCAUGGAUUAGCCGGACAACUGCACUGUACCGAUACCUGUUUUCUCGUUGGUUUCUGUGCGGACCGUGCACUGUAUACGCCAAACUCGAACGAAGUCGUCGACGUGGUGUCGCGAUCAGGUCGAUCAUCUUUGCAACAUGA